AUGAUAUACAAUGAACAUAUGCUCCAGCUGAUAUGGAUAAUCAUAUUCUCAGCAAUCCUCAUAGUGUUCGCUGCAAUCAUCUUACGAUGUAUCUUCCUAUAUCUAUUGGAAAAAAACGUUUGCAAUCUUCAGACAAUAUUCAGCAAUACUAGGAUACUCCAAACCGCGAAGGAAAAGAAGAUAUGCAACGCGUUGGAUGUUUCUCUUCAGAAAACAUUUAAAGAAUCAAAUAUUCAUCGAAUACUUCCUGUACUCCCUCAAUUCAUUGCCUCCUCUCGUACCACCGAUGCGGCACCGUCGGAAGCUGAAAACCACUGGCCAUUGUUCCAAGUUGCGGUGAAUGGAAAGAUUCUCAAUCCUGAACUGUUGAUCGCCACCAGAGCUCCAGAAUACUCCACUGUCAUUGGAACGCUAUGCAUCGCUUCAAUCGCUUCCAAUAUGACUGUCAUCAACUUUACAAUGAUUUGCAUGGCUCCUAAGACCAACACUUCUGAAUUACCCAUGACUGAUGCUUCAGUGGUGAACUUAGCUUACGAUAACAAGCAGAAGUCUAUCAUUAUGUGGGCAGCAGCAGUAGGAACUCUCGCAGCAGCUUGGCCUUUCCAUUGGUUCUACCAACAAUUCGGAGCAAGGUCCGUUUUCUUUUUCGCUGGAGCUGUGUCAACUUUAUCCACUGCUUUGAUGCCACUAGCUGCUCACCUCCAUUUCAACUUUUUGGUCAUUGCUAGAUUCUUCCAGGGAGUAAGUUUCGGAGCAGAUUUCGCCGCUAUCGGAUUGAUCGUUGUCAACUGGGCCAGUUUGAAGCAACACGGACUCUUCAUCUCACUUCUCUCUUCAUUUUCUCAAAUCUCGGUGAUGUUUACUAUGCCAGUCGCCGGAGAGCUUUGUGAAUCGUCCUGGGGAUGGGAAUCCGUCUACUACGUGCACGCUGUGCUCAGUGGUGUUCUCUUCAGUUUGUGGUGGUGGUUCUACAGAAACAACCCAACUAAACAUCCAAAGAUGACUGAAAUCGAGCUUGAGAAGAUUCACAGAGGAAAAGGAGAUGUCCAAGCACACGAAAAAGCUCCAAUCGCCAAGAUCCUUACUAACUCCGUCAUGUUGGCAGUUUGGCUCUCUGCCUUCGGAGAAUUGAUGAUGUCUCAAUUCAUUGUUAUGUACGGACCAACAUUCUUGAAGGAAGUUCUGGGAUUCGCUGUUAACCACACCGGGUACUUUGUUGCCGUGCCACGUGCUCUUCACUUGGCCUUUAAAAUCAUUUCCGGAGUUGCCAGUGACCGUAUUCACUUCUGGUCUGAGAAGACUAAAAUGAGAAUUUUCAACACGAUCGCUUUGAUGGUUUCCGGUGCGUUUUUCUGUAUUCUCGGUUAUCUUCCAAAGGAUCAAGCUCAUCUCUCCUUGAUUGCUCUCUUGGUCAUCGAAUGCUCCACUGGAUUCAUCUGCGGAGGUUUCUACAAAUGCGCCACCCUUGUAGCCAGACAACACUCUCACUUCGUCCUUUCCCAAAUUCAAUUCAUCAAGUGCCUUUCUCUCUUCAUCGAACCACUUUUGGUCUUCCUGAUCUGUACGCACAACACUCUCGAAGAAUGGAGAAUUGUUUUCCUGACCCACGGAGUUCUUCUCAUUGUUGGAAACAUUAUCUUCUGUUACUACGCUACUGAUGAGCCAGCCGAUUUCACUCAUCUUCCACAAGCACCGAACGGAGAAGAAAUGGCCGAUGUGCCGCCAGAACGAAGAAGGAUACUCCAAACCGCGAAGGAAAAGAAGAUAUGCAACGCGUUGGAUGUUUCUCUUCAGAAAACAUUUAAAGAAUCAAAUAUUCAUCGAAUACUUCCUGUACUCCCUCAAUUCAUUGCCUCCUCUCGUACCACCGAUGCGGCACCGUCGGAAGCUGAAAACCACUGGCCAUUGUUCCAAGUUGCGGUGAAUGGAAAGAUUCUCAAUCCUGAACUGUUGAUCGCCACCAGAGCUCCAGAAUACUCCACUGUCAUUGGAACGCUAUGCAUCGCUUCAAUCGCUUCCAAUAUGACUGUCAUCAACUUUACAAUGAUUUGCAUGGCUCCUAAGACCAACACUUCUGAAUUACCCAUGACUGAUGCUUCAGUGGUGAACUUAGCUUACGAUAACAAGCAGAAGUCUAUCAUUAUGUGGGCAGCAGCAGUAGGAACUCUCGCAGCAGCUUGGCCUUUCCAUUGGUUCUACCAACAAUUCGGAGCAAGGUCCGUUUUCUUUUUCGCUGGAGCUGUGUCAACUUUAUCCACUGCUUUGAUGCCACUAGCUGCUCACCUCCAUUUCAACUUUUUGGUCAUUGCUAGAUUCUUCCAGGGAGUAAGUUUCGGAGCAGAUUUCGCCGCUAUCGGAUUGAUCGUUGUCAACUGGGCCAGUUUGAAGCAACACGGACUCUUCAUCUCACUUCUCUCUUCAUUUUCUCAAAUCUCGGUGAUGUUUACUAUGCCAGUCGCCGGAGAGCUUUGUGAAUCGUCCUGGGGAUGGGAAUCCGUCUACUACGUGCACGCUGUGCUCAGUGGUGUUCUCUUCAGUUUGUGGUGGUGGUUCUACAGAAACAACCCAACUAAACAUCCAAAGAUGACUGAAAUCGAGCUUGAGAAGAUUCACAGAGGAAAAGGAGAUGUCCAAGCACACGAAAAAGCUCCAAUCGCCAAGAUCCUUACUAACUCCGUCAUGUUGGCAGUUUGGCUCUCUGCCUUCGGAGAAUUGAUGAUGUCUCAAUUCAUUGUUAUGUACGGACCAACAUUCUUGAAGGAAGUUCUGGGAUUCGCUGUUAACCACACCGGGUACUUUGUUGCCGUGCCACGUGCUCUUCACUUGGCCUUUAAAAUCAUUUCCGGAGUUGCCAGUGACCGUAUUCACUUCUGGUCUGAGAAGACUAAAAUGAGAAUUUUCAACACGAUCGCUUUGAUGGUUUCCGGUGCGUUUUUCUGUAUUCUCGGUUAUCUUCCAAAGGAUCAAGCUCAUCUCUCCUUGAUUGCUCUCUUGGUCAUCGAAUGCUCCACUGGAUUCAUCUGCGGAGGUUUCUACAAAUGCGCCACCCUUGUAGCCAGACAACACUCUCACUUCGUCCUUUCCCAAAUUCAAUUCAUCAAGUGCCUUUCUCUCUUCAUCGAACCACUUUUGGUCUUCCUGAUCUGUACGCACAACACUCUCGAAGAAUGGAGAAUUGUUUUCCUGACCCACGGAGUUCUUCUCAUUGUUGGAAACAUUAUCUUCUGUUACUACGCUACUGAUGAGCCAGCCGAUUUCACUCAUCUUCCACAAGCACCGAACGGAGAAGAAAUGGCCGAUGUGCCGCCAGAACGAAGAAGACUCACUGAAAACGAAGCAUAA